AUGGGGCCGAGGCGUACGACUGCUACUGCUGCGAAGGCAUCGGGGCAAGAUCCGGAAAGCCCGCGACAUGCCGCAGCUUCAUCCAGCGAGAGAGAUGAGAACCCAGAGGACGGACACUCCCGGUUCGUGGAAUUGGAGAGGAAGGUCUCUUCUCUAGAAUCUGAGAUCACGGUGCUGAAUUCGGAGUUGGACAAAUGUCGGCAGGUGAUUCAGGAGAUGGCUGGCGUAUUCGGAAACGACAGCAUUGCCGAUAUGCGGCGUGACAUGGAGCAGAUGUCCAUUCAGAUUGGACUGCUCCAGCGUGCAGUGGGUAGCACGCCUAUGGUUGCUCACGACCCCGGCGGUAGGCUUCGAAUACCAGAACCGAAGGCCUAUAGCGGUGAGCGUGAUGCGAAGGAGGUCGAGAACUUCCUCUUCGACAUGGAACAGUACUUCCUUGCGGCAGACGUGCGGGACGAGGCAAGGAAGGUUGCGACUGCGACCAUGUACCUAACUGGUGACGCAAAGCUGUGGUGGCGGACCAAGUUUGCGGAAAUCCAGGCUCAUCAAAUACAGCUCGACACGUGGGCUCUUCUACGGGAGGCGAUUAGAGAGCAGUUCUUCCCCGAGAAUGUGGAGUACAAUGCCAGGAGGGCAUUGCGAAAGCUUGAACAUACAGGUUCCGUGCGGGAAUAUGUCAAAGCUUUCUCAGCGCUGAUGCUGAACAUCCGAGACAUGUCGGAGGCGGACAAGCUGUUCACUUUCAUGGAAGGCUUGAAACAGUGGGCGAGAAACGAGUUGCAGAGGCAACGAGUGACUGAUUUGAGUUCGGCUAUCAUCGCGGCCGAACGCCUGGCAGAUUUCAACCAAGAGACUCGGAAGGAUAGGCAAGCGACGCCUGGUCCUGCACAGAAUAAGUCGAAUGGGAUGAAAUCGUUCAGGAAUAUCUUCAACAGAGGUGGGGGAGACCAGAAACCCCACGCUCAGAAUGGCUCACAGGGCAGUUCAGACAGGAACAGGCCCCAGGAGAACAGACAGGGAGCACCCGAGAGGAGGAGAGGGUGUUUCUUCUGCGAUGGUCCGCAUGGGUAUCGCGAUUGCCCGAAGAGACGGGUGUUGAAUGCAUUGGCAACGACCUUUGCCGACAAUGCGUCAUCCUCAAAGAGUGUGGAGCCACAAGCAGAGGCAGGUGGUGAGAAUGACACGGAGGAGGAUGAGGACAACUUGGGGGCCGUAUCCCAAUGGUGCAACACAGUCUCUAUGGUGGCGGCGAAGAGAGUUGUGCCACCCCUUGCGAAAAAGACUGUCCCGGCUCUUACUGUGGAACAGCCGGAACAGAAAGAGGAAGAAGUCCAUCCCCGGAUUCCUAGGAAGAAAGGGUUGAUGUUCGUUGAUGUGAAGAUUCAUGGCAAGCCGAUUCGAGCCAUGAUCGACACUGGAGCCUCUCACAACUACCUUGCGAGCGCCGAAGUGGCGAGACUCGGGCUCGUGCUGGAGAAGGGAGUUGGGCGUGUGAAGGCGAUCAACUCGGCUGCACAACCCCUUGCCGGUGUAGCCAAGUCUGUGCAGAUUAAGGUUGGUGCUUAUGAAGGAAAGACCAAUCUUUCGGUUGUGGUAAUGGACGAUUUCAAGCUUAUCCUUGGGCUUGAAUUUCUACGGGAUACACGCACAGCUGUUCUACCCCAUGUCGACUCGUUGAUGAUGAUGGGAGCGAAACCGUGUGUCAUCCCUACCUUGGCCGGACGUACUGGAGAGAGGAAUUUGUCGGCCAUGCAGUUUGAGAAGGGGCGCAAGCGGAAUGAACCAUCCUACUUGUGCACUCUUUGCCUUGAUGAAAUGGAAGAGGUGUCAGGGCCCAUCCCGGGCGGCAUUAAGAAACUGUUGAUGGAAUUUGAAGACGUGAUGCCAGACGAGCUGCCUCGGAAGCUACCGCCGAAGAGGGCAGUGGAUCACGAGAUUGAGUUGUUGCCUGGCACGAGGCCGCCCGCCAGGGCACCGUACAGAAUGUCGCAACCUGAGCUUGUGGAGCUUAGGAAGCAGUUGAAGGAUAUGUUGGAGAGCGGAAUCAUCAAACCCGCGAAGUCGCCGUAUGGAGCGCCGGUCCUGUUUCAGAAGAAGGCCGACGGCUCCCUACGGAGUAUUGGCCAAGGAACUUACAGUAGCGUGUACAAGGGUCGUGAUCUGCUGCAUAAUAAAGUUGUUGCUCUAAAAAGAGUACGCUUUGAUAAUAUGGAUCCUGAAAGUGUCAAAUUUAUGGCAAGGGAGAUUCUGAUUUUGCGAAAGCUUGAUCACCCAAAUAUAAUUAAACUGGAAGGCUUGGUUACUUCAAGAACAUCUUCUAGUUUAUAUCUCGUCUUUGAAUAUAUGGAGCAUGAUCUCACUGGACUUGCAUCACUUCCAGGCGUUAAGUUUACAGAACCACAGGUGAGUUCUUCAUUGUUCUUCUUGAUUAUGUUUGUUUAUCUUAAAUGCAAUACCAAGUGGGAGAAUCUGGCUAUGGAAUUCGUUCUUAGUUCACAAUCCAUUUGA